CUCCCUCUCUCUCUCUCUAUAUAUCUACGGAGUGACGUCGGUGUUAAGAAGAAGAUGGCGGCGCCAGGAAAGGCGGAAGGUGUACCCGCAGUGUGGACCUCUGUGUGUGUGUGUGUGUGAGGUGUGUGUAGUCCAGCAGGUUGGAGUGAGUUGUCUAGCCAUCAUGAACAAUAAGGAGAGCGAGAGAGAGAGCACAAAAGAGUCAGAGAACAGUCGAGGCCAGAUGAUGAAUGUGUUUCUUCCUAACAAGCUGUUGGAGCGUCUCCCUCAAACCACCUCACUGCCGAAGGAGAGACUACGAUGGAACACCAACGAGGAGAUUGCAUCCUACCUGAUCACAUUUCACAGACAUGAAGAGUGGCUAUCCUGCUCGCUCAGGACCAGGCCCCAGAAUGGCAGCAUCAUCCUGUAUAACAGGAAGAAGGUCAAGUACAGGAAGGAUGGGUUCUGCUGGAAGAAGAGGAAAGAUGGGAAGACCACCAGAGAAGAUCACAUGAAGCUCAAAGUUCAGGGCAUAGAGUGUCUCUAUGGUUGCUACGUCCAUUCUUCCAUCGUCCCAACAUUCCACAGGAGGUGCUACUGGCUGUUGCAGAACCCAGACAUGGUGCUGGUUCACUACCUGAAUGUUCCGUCGCUGGAGGAUCAUGGGAAGGCGUGCGGCCCGUUGCUAUGCGCCGUUGCCGACCGCAGAGACUCGCUACGCUGGAGCCGAGACGAACUACUGGCCCAGCUCAAACCCAUGUUCCACAGCAUUAAGUGGUCUGGUGGAGAAGGUUAUGGAUCAUCAGAGUUCUCUAUAGAACAACUGGCUCAACAGAUCCUGGAGUCACAGCAGACCAAACCUCAGCCUCGCACCCACACCUGUCUCUGCAGCUCCACACUGGCGUCUCCUGGAGCUAACAUUCCCCACCGCUGUAACAGCACCAAACAUCGCAUUAUCUCCCCCAAACUGCCCGCUACUCGCCCUGCCAUGUCAGCCUCACCCCUGGCUGAGGGGGAGACAGGAGGGGGAGACAUCCCUGCAGGCGGCGAGAAGAAACCCUCCCCACACACACACCCCCAGGUAAAGCUUGGAGGGUCUACCAGCCUUGUAGGGAGACCUGAGGGAGUCUCUUCCUCCCCCUCUCCUCCCUCCUCCUCCUCCUCCUCGUCCCCCCCUCAGGCUCACCGCACAGCAACCAUCGCCGUCAGCAACGGCACCGCCAACAGUUUCUAUGGCGACCAGCGGGGCCUGACGACGGUCGCCCUGCCGCAGAAUGCGGUGAUCGUCAUGACUACGGCGGGGGUAAUCGGGACAAAGGGUGGAGGAGAGCGGGAGUCGAGUGUGUCUCUAACCCAUUCAGGUCAGCUGCUACUCUCCCCCGUCCCUCCUAAACCGGACACCCCCUCUCCCACAACCCCCGGGGUGGCUACUCUCAGCCUCACCCUCCUGUCCUCACCCGUUAUAGGGGGACUACUCCUCACUCCGUCCCCUUCUCCGUCCCUCCUGCACCCUCUCCCUCCUGCCGCCCCUUCUCCCUCGCCCCGUCGACCUCCUGUCUUUGAUCCGGACUCCUUUCUGAACAGUCCUAAACAGGGUCAGACCUACGGAGGCACUCUCCCCCCUUCCUCACCCUCUCCUCCCCCCUCCUCCUCCCCACAUGCACCCUCCCUCGCUCUCUCCCUCUCCCCCACCUCCCCUCCCCCUUGCUCAUCCCCUCCCUCCUCUCUCUCGUCCCUCUCUUCUGAGGCAGAGAGGAAGAAUGAAGAGAGAGAGCCGUCCCACUCCGCCCCUUCUUCCUCCCUCCCUCCAUCCCUUUCUCUGUCCCUCUCUCCGUCCCACUCCGCCCCGUCUUCCUCCCUCCCUCCAUCCCUUUCUCUGUCCCUCUCUCCGUCCCACUCCGCCCCGUCUUCCUCCCUCCCUCCAUCCCUUUCUCUGUCCCUCUCUCCGUCCCACUCCGCCCCUUCACUCCUGCCUCUGUGUCUGGAAUCGGCGCUGGGCCUGGGUCCUCUGGGGGAGACGGAGGGGGAGAGGGGGGAGGCAGAUGGAGAGAGAGAAAGACGGAGGCAGGAGGGGAGAGAAGAAGGGCACCCGCCCACCAAACUGGCUCUCCUCCAGCGACGCCAAUCCCCCCAGCCGUCGCCGUCGUCGUCGUCGUCGGGGCAACACCACAGAAAAGCAGCAGCAGCAGCAGCAGCAUCAUCAUCGCUGCUCCUGAUUCGCCACGAAACGCAGCAGACCCCUCCCGCUCAGCAGACGGCGCCCAAUCAGCAGCCUCACAGGCAGGACGGAGAGCAGCCAUCGGUCGUCCUAGAGCCCAAAGAGCUCCAGCAGCGACUCCAGCACCCCGUGACCUCUAUGAGCUGUAACUCCACCCAGAACUACCGCUCUCAACUCCUCCUGCUGCAACGCAGACGUCUGCAGAGUCAGGAGAGAGAGAGGGAGGUGGAAGGAGAGAGACAGAGGGAGGUGGAAGGAGAGAGAGGGAGGCAGCUCUUACGCCUUCACCAGAGACUCAGCCAAUCGACUCCCUUAGAGUCCCCGUUUGCUAACGUCAACGACGGUGCUAACGCUAAUUCCGCUACGGGUAAUGUUAACGUGACCAAUGUGGCUAACGGGCGGGUUAGAGUAAAGGAGGAGAGUGGGCGUGGCUACGAGGCGGAGGACACGCCCAUGGACACGGGUCAAAGGUCGGAGGAGCUAGAGAUAUCGUUCGACAGCCAGUUCCCUGACCUCAUCUCGGAGCUCAUCGCAGACGCCGACGCCCCCAACGCGCAGGCCUCGGUCCUCGUCCCGGCGCCCAGCGGCCUGUUCCCUACGGGGGUUCGCUACAUGGUCCCUCCUCAGCCCACCCCAUCGUCCUCCUUCCUCCCUUUCCCCCCUCUUCCCCCUAACAACGGGACUGAACUACAACGCCUAGCAACCAUCACAGACUUCUCCCCCGAGUGGUCCUACCCAGAGGGUGGGGUGAAGGUGUUGAUAACAGGACCCUGGCUGGAGGCUACUGGACGUUACAGCUGUGUGUUUGACCAGAGCAUCGUCCCCGCUUCACUGAUCCAGCCUGGAGUACUGAGGAGCUACUGUCCUGCCCACGAGGCAGGGUUGGUAUCUCUUCAUAUAGUGGAGGACAGUGGGUCUGUCUCUUCAUCUGUUCUGUUUGAAUACAGAGCUAGAAAUGCCUCGUCUCUACCCAGCUCACAGCUGGACUGGCUGUCCCUGGAUGAUAACCAGUUCCGUAUGUCCAUCCUGGAUCGACUGGAGCAGAUGGAGAGGAGGAUGGCUGAGAUGUCUGCUACCAACCCACACACACAGCCGCUGCCACAAUGCCAGCGGAUCAGCACACUCUCCCCACACACACCUCCGCCCGAGGACAGAAGCCAGUCAGGCCCAUGGUUUGAGAGGAGGAUAGUUGGAGUGUGUGAGAGGAUGAUGGAGGGAGGGAGGUGGAGAAGAGGAGGAGGAGGAGGAGGAGGAGAAGAGCGCCUCGCUCACUCCAUCCGCCACAGAGGGAUGACACUGCUCCACCUGGCCGCUGCACAGGGAUACACACACCUCAUCCACACACUCAUCCACUGGAGGACUAUCGACAGUGACAGUCUGGCCGUAGAACAGGAAGUGGAUCCUCUCACCGUCGAUCAUUUCUCAUGCACUCCUCUGAUGUGGGCGUGUGCUCUGGGUCACCAGGCAGCAGCCGAGGUUCUGUAUGGUUGGAACAGCCAGGCGCUCGGAAUCCCCGACUCGCUAGGCCGUCUCCCCCUCGCGGUCGCACGCUCUCGCGGACACACGUGCCUCGCCCGCGCGCUGGAGGACCUACACACACACCGCCCCGACGCACACACACACCGCCCCGACGCACACACACACCGCCCCGACGCACACACACACCGCCCCGACGCACACACACACCGCCCCGACGCGCACACACACACAGAGCGGGCCGACGAGGGGGCUCAGGGGGAGCAGAGAACAACCCCUACUCCACAACUCCCCCCCUCUCCGCUGUCCACCAGUCCUGACACAGGUCUGAGUUCGUCCAGUAGUAUUCCCUCUCCCUCUCUCUCCCUCCCCUCCCCCUCUCUCAGCUCCGCCUACUCUAGUGGGUCUGUACCACUCUACAACCCUCCUGACCCUAUGGAUACCUCCCCGUCCUCCCCCUCUCUCUCCCUGUCCUCCCUCCCCCUCUCCCCUCCCUCCCCCUCUCUCUCCCUCCCCCUGCCGGUAUGGGGCGAGGCCCGUGGAGGUUGUGAAGCCGGGGACUCUAGUUUGAACACCGGGCCCAGAGACUCUCUCUUCCUCAUGGACUACGAACCGGCCUCUCCCUCCUCUCCUCCCGGACCGCCACACACACCCCCCCGUCGCUCACACACACACACCUUCGAGGAGCAGGUGAGCUUCAAUGAGAACGCAGAGAACGAGGAGGAGUUCCUGCCUGCUGAGGUGUUACAGGUUGACAUGGCAACCUUAGCAGAACAGAUCAUCGAGGCGACUCCUGAGCGAAUCAAACAAGAGGAAUUGUCCAGGGGGGCGGAGUCACCGCUCAGAGAGAGGCGGGACAACACGGUGAUACCCGACACCAUGCCCUGGUUGGCCACUUACCUGGAGACUCACUCCUCCCACUCCAGGUGUGUGUUACCGCCCUCUCACCUCAGCGCCCUCCAGAGGCUACGGCCCCCCAGCAGUGCGGCGUGGGCCGAGUUCCUGAACGCCUCGGCCAACGGGAGGAUGGAGAGGGACUUUGCUCUGCUGACUCUGACGGACUCUGAGCAGAGAGAACUGUACGAGGCCGCACGAAUCAUCCAGAACGCCUUCAGACGAUACAAGGGUCGGAGGUUAAAGGAACAGCAGGACGUGGCAGCAGCCGUCAUCCAGCGCUGCUACAGGAAGUACAAGCAGCUAACAUGGAUAGCUCUGAAGUAUGCUCUGUAUAAAAGGAUGACUCAGGCAGCGAUACUGAUCCAGUCUAAGUUCCGUAGUUACUAUGAGCAGAAGAAAUUCCAGCAGUCUAGACGGGCUGCGGUUCUGAUCCAACAGUACUACCGCAGCUACAAGGAGUAUGAACGCCUCAAACAGGGACCCAGAGGGUCCGGAUCACACAACCCAAAACUGAAGGGUUCCUUCCUGACUAAGAAGCAGGACCAGGCCGCCAGGAAGAUCAUGAGAUUCCUUCGCCGAUGCCGACACCGGAUUAAAGAGUUGAAACAGACUAAGGAGUUAGAGAGGAGAGGGCUUACCACCUAACUCCUCCUCUUACCCCUCCUUCAUCCUGCCAUCCGCCACAGGAGAGAGGGAUGACUGAUGGAGAAGAGAGAGGGAUGACUGAUGGAGAAGAGAGAGGGAUGACUGAUGGAGAAGAGAGAGGGAUGACUGAUGGAGAAGAGAGAGGGAUGACUGAUGGAGAAGAGAGAGGGAUGACUGAUGGAGAAGAGAGAGGGAUGACUGAUGGAGAAGAGAGAGGGGCCUGGUUGCCCUCCUUCAUCACCCCAUCCAACUUUAUGCCUCUGUCACUCCUCCUCUCAUCCUCCUCACAUCCUCCUCUCCUCUCAUCCUCCUCCUCUCCUCUCAUCCUCCUCCUCUCCUCUCAUCCUCUUCUCCUCCUUCUCUUCAUCCCUCUCUCAUGAUGAAGUCAUGCUACUUCUGCAAGAAUGCAAACAGCGAAAGGAUGGAGAGAGAGAGAGAAGUAAAAAAAGGGAGAGAGAGACUCCUGCCUUAUCCCUUGUUCCGCUGCGGAGAGGAGGAGGGACCUGAUGGAAUCUGUUUAUUUCUGGGCAAAACAAGACAACUGCAGCUUCUAACUGAAUGUAUGGAACGUUAAAAUAUAUAUAUAUAUAUAUAUAUAUAUAUAUAUAUAUACACAUACAUAUAUAUUCUACAGAUAUCACAUACUACAUGUCACUGCUUUUGUGUGAUUCAUUGGGGCAGGUAUUGUACUUGUAUGAAGUGAUAGCCGCUGAGACAGUAGGACUGAACAGAACACUUAAAAGUCUUAAAACGGGGAGAUAUCUUGACCCGAACUAACCAACCACCGGGUUGGUAUAGAACCAGUAUAGAUCUAGACCACCUAGAGAGAAACCACCUCGUGUUAGUGUAGAUAGAACCAGUAUAGAUCUAGACCACCUAGAGAGACAUCACCUCGUGUUAGUGUAGAUAGAACCAGUAUAGAUCUAGACCACCUAGAGAGACAUCACCUCAUGUUAGUAUAGAUAGAACCAGUAUAGAUCUAGACCACCUAGAGAGAAACCAGCCCGUGUUAGUGUAGAUAGAACCAGUAUAGAUCUAGACCACCUAGAGAGAAACCAGCCCAUGUUAGUGUAGAUAGAACCAGUAUAGAUCUAGACCACCUAGAGAGAAACCAGCUCAUGUUAGUGUAGAUAGAACCAGUAUAGAUCUAGACCACCUAGAGAGACAUCACCUCAUGUUAGUAUAGAUAGAACCAGUAUAGAUCUAGACCACCUAGAGAGAAACCAGCCCAUGUUAGUGUAACCAGAACCAGUAUAGAUCUAGACCAGCUAGAGAGAAACCACCUCAUGUUAGUGUAGAUAGAACCAGUAUAGAUCUAGACCACCUAGAGAGAAACCAGCCCGUGUUAGUGUAGAUAGAACCAGUAUAGAUCUAGACCACCUAGAGAGAAACCACCAGGUGUCCCAAAGUCUUAAAGAAAACGAACCAAUCAACUGCCCAUUUUACUAGUCAGUUAUAGAAGCUAGGAGGGGUUUGAUGAUAAUGAAGACGGUAAGGUUUCAGGUUGUGUUGUAGGAGCAUUAUAGGUUGGUUGCUGUAACGUUGCAGGGUGGUUGUAGGAGGGUUUUGGUCUGCGAGAGACUAAACGUCCUGAUCCUUUACAUUAUCAGGGUCAUAGGGUUAAAGGUUAAAGGUCAGGCUAACACAACGUCCUUAACUCAUCCUUUACACUGUCAGGGUCAUAGGGUUAAAGGUCAGGGAUUGAGCACAAUAAUCAGAAUAUUAAAUCUUUUUGUGUCUAAGGAGGUGAAAUGUUAAUUUGACUGAUUUAAAAAAAAAAAAAUAACACAGUGUCUUCAAACCCUUUUGCCGGACAACACAGAAAGAUGUUUACCAACACACAAUUAUUACACACACUGGGUUAUACACUGAUUACAUGUACGGUUUAUAAACUGUGUUCACGGUUUAUAAACUGUGUUCACGGUUUAUAAACUGUGUUCACGGUUUAUAAACUGUGUUCACGGUUUAUAAACUGUGUUCACGGUUUAUAAACUGUGUUCACGGUUUAUAAACUGUGUUCACGGUUUAUAAACUGUGUUCACGGUUUAUAACACACCAACUAACAGUUCAUAAACACUCUACGGCGGUAAUAACGCGUCAAUACACAUUUUUACUAUUGCACUCUGACAACCUACCAACUCUGAGAGAGAACUAGACCCAGUGUAGAUGUUCUAGAAGGUACUGUCUGGAUGUACAUACUGUAACAUAACGAUCUGCUUGGAGAAUUAUUAUCAUUUAUAUCUCUGUCCUUUAUGAGAUCUCUCUGCUUGACUGAUGAACCCUUGGGCUGUUCCCAAUGGGCCCCUGUUCACUACGUAGUACACUACCCCAUAGGGCUCUGGUCUAAAGUAGUGCACUACCCCAUAGGGCUCUGGUCUAAAGUAGUGCACUACCCCAUAGGGCUCUGGUCUAAAGUAGUGCACUACCCCAUAGGGCUCUGGUCUAAAGUAGUGCACUACCCCAUAGGGCUCUGGUCUAAAGUAGUACACUACCCCAUAGGGCUCUGGGGCCCUACCCAUAGGGCUCUAGUCUAAAGUAGUACACUAUAUAGGGAAUAGGGUGCCAUUUGGGACGCAUUUUUUCUGAUGUGUUGUUUACUGUAGUGGACCCUAUAUAGUAGUGCACUACAUCAACCAGAGCUUUCUAUAAAUAGGGAACAUGGAGUCAUUGGGGAUGCGGCCCGUGGUUUCACAUUAUCUUACUACCUGGGUGUCCCAAUAGCUCCCUGUUCACUAUAUACUAGUGCACUAUGUAGGGAAUAGGGGGGCCCUGCUAUGAGAUGAUUAUUAUUACUGGUGUUAAUAUAUUAAAUGACUUGAGUUGAUUUAUUUGAGUUUCUAACAGUUUUUACAUUUUCAAAACUUUUCCAAAAUAUGAUGAAGUAUUAUUAUAAAAAAAAAAAAAUGAUUUACAUUAUCUAUUUUUAUUUUUUGUUUCCGCUGGUGUUUUGAGUAUUAAAUGUUUAUUUAUGAAUAUGAUGAUUCAUCUAAUUUAAGACAUUUACUGAUCUGUGGUUUAUUAUUUUUAAUUGCAGCCCAAAUGGCACCCUAUUCCCUAUAUAGUGCACUACUUUAGACCAGGACCCAUAGGGAUGUGGUUAAAAGUAGUGCACUAAUAAAGGGAAAGCAAAGGGGGAAGCGUUGUUUUGUUUCUACUUCCUGUCACUCUGUACAUUUGGGUUUCCUUGGCGACGUUAUUUUAUGACAGCGAAUGUCACAACGACAACAUUGGAACUAAAUAAACUAUAAACCCUCAAAA